CGCAUCGUCUCUCCGCAAAGCCGAGAGAACUCGCGGCGGAACAGAGGAGGAGAGAGAGCGAAAGUGCGAAACCCUAAAGGCCUAAACCCUAUACUUGGAGGUCUCUCGGCGCGAGCGAUCUGCUCUCCGAUCUGAGAUGGCGUCGGCGGUGUUGGAGAUGCUCAAGAACCUGUGGGAGUCGCAGGUCACCGACGAGGAGAACCGCGCGUUCAACUAUAGGAUACUAAAGGCUGUAGGUCUUUUUGCUGGAUCCAUCGCCGUGAUGCAUAACUUUGGUGAACUGAUGAACAUAUAAGGCUGUUCUGGGUGGUUGAGCAGGGUUCCAUCUUCCAUGGCAUCAUUAUAAGAUGUCCGCCUUAUCAUCAGGCUUGUCGAAUUUUUUGUUUACUUAGAUUGUUUUUAGCUUUUUAUGGUUCAAGCACUUAUUGACAUUCACAACAGGAGUAUUUUUCUGUUGGAUAGUCAGUGUCAAAUUUAGCUGCAAUACCACUGAAAUAUAGUACUAUCAUGGAACUUUGGUAGACCUGUCCUAUCAGAAUUCAUUCAUCUACUUCUGAAUAUUGCUGUUCUGUUAUUCUGAGUAAUGAUGCCUACUGAAAUUAGGCCA